CAACGCCAUACAAUUAAGUAGAUUUCCUAUUGAUAUGUGGAAAAUUAAUUGAGCUCCUUCCGUUUCUUAUCUCCAACUCGAUCGCGAACCAACUUUAACAUACUACAACUAAUUGGUCUCUCUCGUCAUGACUUCUCCUACAAGUACUACCUAUUACUAACUCCUACCAGCCUGAGCUACAUAUUCAUACAACCUGCACUGCAGCCUAGCCUUCUUCCCCCGCCCCUCGCUCAAAGUUAAUUGUAGCCAUGGAUCCAGUUAGCAUUGCUGCUGUAGGAUGGGGCGUAUCUGCUCUAGGUUGGGCCGCCUCGCCCAUCAUCUCCAAGCUCCUCACCAAAGGAUUCGAUUACCUCGGAUAUGACACAGCAAAGAAGCUGGCACAGCUUAAGCCAAAAAUCUUGGUGCUGGAAAGGGUGAUGCAAGUUGUCGAGACGAGCCCAGACAGGCCUCGUCUAGAGAAGCUGUUCAAGGAGCUUAAAUCUGCUUUCUAUGAAGCCGAAGAAAUCUUGGAUGCUGUUGAGUAUCACUGUCUUGAGAGGCAGAUCCAAGACGGCAAACUGCAGUCUUCUAUGGACAAGUUCUGGUCUUCUGUCGCCAAGUUCUUCUCCCUAAAAAACGAGGAGAGUGGCAUGUCAAAGAAAAAGUUGAUAGACAGCCUGAAGAAGAUAGAAGACAAUAUAAAUGAAGCACACCAAAUUCUGGAUAAGCUUAACUUGUCAAGCAUAAGUGAUGGAAAUAGAAGACAUGUAAUGGAUGCUAAUCGUCCUACUACUGCAGUUUCUCCGCAUAAAGUACUUGGUCGAGAUAAUGAGCGCGACAAGAUCAUAAAAAUGCUUCACAAAAAUGAAGGUGGUGUUCAACCAAGCACCAGCAACAGUCUAUGCUUUUCUGUAAUUGGCAUACAUGGAGUUGGUGGGUCAGGGAAAUCUACCCUUGCACAAUUGGUUUAUGCCCAUGAGGAAAAAGACAAGAAAGACAACAAGGAAGGUCACUUCGACCUGGUUAUGUGGGUCCAUGUCUCUCAGAAUUUUAGUGUGGGCGACAUCUUCAAGGAGUUGUAUGAGGCAGCUUCAGAGCCUAAGGUUCCAUGCCCUCAAUUCAAUAACAUGAAUUCCUUGGGAAAAGAAUUGGAAAGGAAACUAGAUGGAAAGCGAUUCCUUCUGAUACUGGAUGAUGUCUGGUGCAAUAAGGAUGUCAGCGAUCAGAAUCUACCAGAGUUACUUUCUCCAUUGAAGGUUGGAAAGAGAGGAAGCAAGAUCCUAGUGACGACUCGAAGUAAAUAUGCAUUACCGGAUCUAGGUCCUGGUGUGAGAUGUACUGCCAUACCAGUACCUGAGUUUGAUGAUACCGCCUUCUUCGAGCUAUUCAUGCACUAUGCCCUGGAAGAAGGCCAAGAUCAGAGCCUGUUCUGUAUAAUUGGUGAGGAGAUAGCGAAAAAGCUGAAGGGGUCACCUCUAGCUGCCAGAACAGUGGGAGGAAAUUUACGUCGACAACCAGAUGUCGACCAUUGGAGAAGAGUCAGAGAUCAAGACCUUUUCAAGGUAUGGGGAGGGCCUCUGUGGUGGAGCUACUAUCAGCUUGGUGAGCAGGCUAGGCGUUGCUUUGCUUAUUGCAGUAUUUUUCCUAGGAGACAUCGCCUGUACCGUGAUGACCUAGUUAGACUGUGGGUGGCAGAAGGGUUCAUAAGAAGCACAGAUGAAGGGGCGGAUAUUGAAGAUGUUGGUCAGGAAAUAUUUAAUGAACUAUUGUCGAUCUCGUUUCUUCAACCAGGAGGCACGAACAACUCUUAUCUCGCCGGCAUUUAUUAUGGCAAGGAAUACUAUUUAGUUCAUGAUCUGCUGCACGAUUUAGCAGAGGCAGUAGCUGGCAGUGACUGCUUCAGAAUUGACAAUAACGCGAGCCAGAAAGGAGGAGGAUGGACAAGAGAUGUUCCCCGAGACGUUCGGCAUCUUUUUGUUCAGAGUUAUGAUGCAACAUUGAUUACUGAAAAGAUUCUUGAAUUGAGAAAGUUACACACUCUUAUCAUUUAUAGUGUUGGAGGGGAUACACCAGUUGAGGAAAUAGUCAUCAAGAACAUACUCAAGAGUCUGCCAAAACUGCGGGUACUAGCAAUUGCUUCGAGUCUGGAGGACAGUGCAUUUAUUUGGAAACCAGAUACAUUCUCUGUCCCAGAAUCUGUUGGUCAAUUGAAACAUCUGCGCUAUCUUGCUUUCCGGACAGAUAGAGGAUGCCGAGUAAUUUUACCAAGCAGUCUAAACCAGCUUUACCAGAUGCAACUGCUAGAUUUUGGUCAAUGCCAUGAUUUGGUAUUUUGCUGUGAUGAUCUUAUCCACUUGCGGCAUUUAUUCAGUGGUCUCGGAUUGCAAUUUUCAAACAUCAGUAGGAUUGUCUCACUCCAAACAUUCCCACCAUUCAAAGUAAGUCGUGAACAAGGGCACGAGGCAAAGCAGUUGAGGUACCUAAACAGGCUCUGCGGCCAACUGACUAUAAAGGGUCUCGAAAAUGUUAAAAGUAGAGAGGAAGCCCUUGAAUUCGAUCUAGCUGCCAAGAAACGGCUCACGGAUCUAACACUGUCAUUCAUUGGAAGUUCAGAAGUUGCAGCAGAGGUACUUGAGGGCCUUUGUCCUCCCGUGGGGCUUGAAAAGUUGAGAAUCGAAGGCUACAAAGGUUUGGGAUACCCAAAGUGGAUGGUGGGCAGGCAAAAUAGUGGACCAGAGAAGCUGCAAAAACUUGAACUCUCAAUUUGGGGCCAGCCAGGACCUGCUCCUGAACUGGAGGCUUUCAUUCAUCUUCGUGAACUCACGCUGUCGUCCUGCUGUUGGAACGCCUUGCCAUGCAAUAUGGACCAUCUUAGCUUGCUCGAGAAACUAUGGAUCUCUAAUUGUAUCAAUGUUCGGUCGCUUCCAACACUGCCACAAUCUCUUGAGGUUAUUACACUCUUGUUCUGCAACGAUGGGUUUAUGAAGUCUUGUCAAACAGCCGGACAUCCAAACUGGCAAAAGAUUCAACAUAUCCCCUGGAAAGAUAUUCGGUGACUGACUUUAGAUGGUGAGUUUGUACAAGUACAACACAUCCCCUGUGAAGAGUCUGAGAAGGACUUGGAAUCGGAGCCAUAGUAAUUGCAGCCUCUUAACUCGACACCUGUGUCUGGGCUGGGCGGACAUGUGAUUCAUAAUAUAUAUGUAUAUUUCUGCGUUGAUUUGUGAUUGUGCGAUUUUCUUUUAUUCCAGAAGGAUUUUCACUUUUGGGAUUUGUUUGCUGUGAUUUGCGCGUGACACUGAAUAAUAAUGGGUGUUGUAAUGUCAGCAGGGGUGAAUGAAUAAGUCUAUUUUUUAAGUAAAGGCCGGAAACAUACCAGUUUUUUUUUUUACCAGUAGACGCAGUCGACCUAAGUAAGUAAUUUGUAAUAAUGUACAAUGUCAGUUACGGCUAUCAACUUGCUGUGUUAUGCGAAGAAAUCCACUGAUGGCUGGCUGGAUGAUUGCGCAAAGAUGAUUGAAUAAUACUCCAGUAGGGUAGGGUAGGGAUGAAGAUGAUGAUGCAUGUCACUAACUAAUUAUUUGUUGUUUGCAAACAGAGGCAGCAUUACCGCUGCUUGCUUGCUAUUAGUCCUUUAUUUAGUAGAGAGAACAUAGUGUGGGUAUGCUGCAUCUUCAUGGGCAGAAUGGAGAUCAGAGAGAUGAAUGUGAUGUCCAGCCGUGUUUCGACAACAGUCAUGCAUGGUACAGUUGUACUCAUGAUCUUCAUUGGAUUUCAGAACAUAUAUACGCAUCAGACAUUGAAUCUAUGCCUUCAUUUGUUCUUGAAGAUGCAGGGUGGCAUU